AUGAAUCAAUUUGAUGAGUUUAUAGACGAGACUGAUAAAAAGUUAAAUAUCGAUACAAGCACACAGAUAUCCGUAUCAAAUAGCCAUCAAGAUGAUGAUCUCCCGAAGGUUGACUCUGUCUUAUCUAGUCCCAAGUCACCGAUAAUAAACAAUACUUCUAAGUUUAACUUGCAACGCCAGAAAACCCCAACUGGAAUUGUUGAUCAUCCAUUAAAGAACUCUGGAUCAAUACCUGACAAAGAACUAGAUUUGAAAUUGAUAGCAAAUAAAGAUGUAGUACCUGAACAAAUACCUACGACAGGGCCUUUAGAGACUGUUCCUGUUACAAGAAGUGUCAUCCCAAAGAGGAGAAGCGUCAUGUUGAACAAACGAAGAUCGCUUAUACAACCAGUUAUGGCACCAAUAUCUCCAGAAAAUUUUAUUAACAAGUCAGGUGUAUUGGAGGAUAACAUUUUAAAACCAAGUGAUGAUGUUCCGGCCAGAAAGUACAGUAUCGGUAAUUCGAAUAUAAUAGAUCCUGAACAUGUUCAACUUUCAGUUCAUUCUAGAAGUAGUUCCUUGACGUCAAGUUCUACAAAUUUGGAUACUACAGAUAUCAACACCUUAUUGAAGAGCCUGGCUAGUAAAGAAAUGGAUUUAUUUGAAAGUAAACAAAAAAUUGAAGAUUUAAGGAAACAAUUAAGUCAACAGCAGAAAAUGUACGACCAGCAUGCUAAGGAAUUACAACAACUGAAAACACAAGUUACAAAACACCUAAGCGAAAAUGUCAAUGUUGCAGGUAGUACCAUUUCGAGUCCAGUAAAUGUACCACAAAUACAAAAACCACCAAUCGAUUCGUCGAGCGUCCAACAACCUAUUCCCAGUAAUACGACAAAUCCUACAUCUCCAAAAUUGGAAAAAGAUAAUAUAAAUGGCUUAUAUCGUCGUGGUACAAGAACAUUAAGACCAAAAAAAAAUGGAACUCCAUCCAUCAAUAAGACAAAAGAAAUACCUAUUUCACCAGAAAGUAUAGCAGAACCUCAGCCUUCAGAACAAGAAGAGGAAUCGACAUGGAAUAAACCGUUCGCCAUGUUCAACCAGUUUGAUCAAAUAUUACAGAAUGAAUUAGAAAAAUCAUUGAAUUGGGAUAGUGAAACAGAUAAUGAUUCUCCAGAAAAAUUAGAUAGAUUCCGUGGUGCUAAUGUAUUUAACCCAACAAACACUGUAUCGGAAGAUACCUCAUCUUCUGCAAAUCCAAGUCUAUCAAAAUCCUUAUGGAGCUUUGUCGAUACUGUAAGAUCUGGUCUUCUUGGAAUCGAUGAAAAUGAAGAGUAUGAGAAUGAAAAUAUCAGUAAGAAAGUUGCAUCUCCUAAUGAAAGAGGUUAUUCAAACCAAUCUAGCAAUAGUACAAUGAAGCAGUUUAAAACCGCUCAAAAGAGUCAAGGAAAUAAAUUACAGUUUAUUGGCGAUAUAAAGGACAAUAAUCAAGAGUCGAUUCGCCGAAAUGUAGAGAUGAAGGAUUUUUAA